AGGAAGGGCUGGCCCAAUAGGAACCCGCUUCCUGUGUGACGUCACGUUUUGCCGCUAAACUCGAGCUGGGAGUGAAAGCGCUGCUGCUACUGUUUCUCACUCCGGGGUUUUCUUUCUUUCUUUUGGCGGUUUUUUUUGUGUUUCUUGAUGGCUUUUUGUUAUAUUUUAUGGCAUCAGUUGAUAAAAUGACGAGACGAGCGGGUGAGAUUAGCGUUUUAUGAGCUUGUGUGUGAUUGUUUUGUUUUUAAAGGAAGAUCGUCCCUGUGAGAGUAACGGUCAUUCUGUUCUCCUGACUAGCGAGCUGAGAUUAGCUGCGCGCGCGCACAGCCUCUGUAUAUUUAUACUGAAUAACACUGUAAAGCGAGGUGUAAAGUGUAAAGCGAGGUGUAAAGUGUAAAGCGAGGUGUAAAGUGUAAAGCGAGGUGUAAAGUGUAAAGCGAGGUGUAAAGCGAGGUGUUACAGUGUAAAGCGAGGUGUUAAAGGGUUAAAUGAUGUGUAAAGCGAGGUGUUGGAGUGUAAAGCGAGGUGUAAAGUGAGGUGUAAAGCGAGGCAUAAAGCGAGGUUUUUGAGUGUAAAGCGAGGCAUAAAGCGAGGCAUUUAAGUGUAUAGUGAGGUUUUUGAGUGUAAAGCGAGGUGUAAAGCGAGGUUUUUGAGUGUAAAGUGAGGUGUAAAGCGAGGUUUUUGAGUGUAAAGUGAGGUGUAAAGCGAGGUUUUUGAGUGUAAAGUGAGGUGUAAAGUGAGGUGUAAAGCGAGGUGUAAAAAUGGGGAUUCAUGGGCUGCUGCAGUUUCUAAAGGAGGCUUCAGAGCCGGUUCACGUGCAGAAGUACCGCGGACUCACGGUGGCUGUAGACACCUACUGCUGGCUGCACAAAGGAGCGUUCUCCUGCGCCGAGAGGCUGGCUAAAGGAGAACCCACUGACCAGUACGUGUCGUUCUGUAUGAAGCUGGUGGACAUGCUCCUGUCCUACGGCGUUAAACCGGUGCUGGUGUUCGACGGACGAAACCUUCCAUCGAAACAGGAAGUGGAGAAAGCGCGCCGAGAGCGUCGUCAGGCCAACCUGCAGAAAGGUAAGCAGCUUCUGCGAGAGGGGAAAGUGACCGAGGCGCGAGACUGUUUCACACGCUGCGUUAACGUCACACCCGCCAUGGCACACCAAGUCAUCAAGGCGGCGAGGGGGCGUGGUGUGGACUGUUUGGUGGCUCCGUAUGAAGCCGAUGCUCAGUUGGCGUUCCUGAAUAAGUGUGGAAUCGCUCAGGCCGUCAUCACCGAGGACUCAGACCUGCUGGCAUUCGGCUGUAAAAAGGUGAUAUUGAAGAUGGAUAAGCAGGGGAACGGUCUGGAGAUAUCUCAGUGUCACCUGGGCCGCUGCCGCUCGCUGGGAGACGUCUUCACCGAGGAGAAGUUCCGCUACAUGUGCAUCCUGUCCGGGUGCGAUUACCUUCCGUCGCUCCACGGCAUCGGGCUGGGGAAAGCGUGCAAGCUGCUCAGGAUGGCCAACAACCCCGACAUCCUCACGGUGAUCAAGAAGAUCGGUCAGUACCUGAAGAUGAACAUCACCGUACCUGACGAGUACAUCGACGGCUUUGUGAAGGCCAACAACACGUUCCUCUAUCAGCUCGUCUUCGACCCCAUCAGCAGGAAAGUAGUGCCUCUUAACCCUUACCCAGAAAACCUGGACCUCCGCACGCUCAGCUACGCCGGAGUGAACGUGGGCGAUAAGCAAGGACUGCAGAUGGCGCUGGGUAACGUGGACAUUUACACCAUGGAGAAGAUCGAUGAUUAUGAUCCAGAUGCUCCUCAAACACGACCUGUUAAAGCCCCUCGCAGUCGAGGCUGGAGCGACACCGCACCCCUCACUGCCUCGCCUCGAGUCAGUAUCUGGAGCAGAGGUUAUGCACUGGGCAGCGUCCAGCCCCAGGCUCCAUCGUCCCCUCAGAGACCUCCUCAAACCCGAGGCAAGCACACCGUCGUGUCCCUGCAUGGGCUCAAACUGCCCACCAGAGAGCCACAGGUCAAGAGACCACGACAAGACUCCGCCGUCUCAGACGAGGACGUGCUGGAGCAGUACUCAUCCAGCACCAAGAAACAGCGCACUGUAACCGUGGAAACGGAGCACAGCAUUCCCAAGGAGACGAAACAUUCCCAAAGAGAGCAUCCUCGACCCCGGAACCGAUUUGCCGCACUGCUGCAGUGGAGGAACCAAUCAGAGGAGGGCGAUAGAGAGCAGGGAACACGCAGCAGGUUUUUUGCGAGCUCUGAUCUCAGUGUAGCGGAAUCUAAUAAAUCAAAGGAAGAAUCAGACAGCUCUGAGAAAUCAGACCACGCCCCCUCGCCAGCUGGAGAAACACUCAGCGCACAGACGGAGAUGAAGACGGAGAUGGAGAUGAAGACGGAGAUGGAGAUGAAGACGGAGAUGGAGAUGGAGACGGAGACGGAGAUGGAGAUGAAGACGGAGACGGAGACUGAGAUGGAGACGCCGCCGUGGCGCACCAGCCUGAGUGCCUUCAGCUGGUCCAGCAGCUCCACAGAACCCUCCAGACCCGGAUCCUCAACUACGGAGCGACCCAAAACUCCCAGCAUGCCCUCGGGCCUCUCGGUCCUGCAGCAGUUCCAGAGGAAGAAGGAGAACUUCAGCUGGGGACGGACUGAAUCUCCUCAGCGCUCUGCACCCUGCUCUCCUGCAGAGGGCGCUGUUGAUAUAGAAACGCCUCCCGGUUCUCCUCCGUCGCAGGACAGCGCGUAUUUCUCUCAGCCCAGCACCGCCGGCACGCAGAGCGCAACCACCUCGCCUGAGACGGAGAGCGAACCCAUUACGGAGAAGGAUCCGUGGAGGGAUUCGGGAAGUUCGGUGUCUCUCGGCGAGGCAUCUGUGAUGGAGGAGGUCAGAUCUACACCCACGGGGACGAAGGUGUCCGGUCUGUCCCGAAUCCGUCCCAGCGAGCAGGAGAAGAGCGGUAAGAUCCGCCCCUCCGCUCCGGCCAGGGCGAGUGGCCUGAGGAAGAAGGCUCAGGGGAAGAAAAUGGCCGUCACUAACGAGAACAGCCCGGGACUGCAGACCACCAUCAGCGGCCUGUGGAAAAACUUCAGCUAUAACAAGGAGAACCCGAAGAUAACCCCCUGUAAGAAAGGAAAACCGAUGUCUCCGGUGAAGGACAACGUGCAGUAAUAGGAAUAAGAGCAUCACUACCUCAGGACGAGUGUGUGGACUGUAGCUGUAGGGUGGUAGAGCGAGCAUCACUUAGUGCUCUCUCUCUCUCUCUCUCUCUCUCUCUCUCUCUCUCUCUCUCUCUGUUUCCGUUAACGUGGUUUUUAAGCUACUAAACUUUUCUCCAUGCGAUAAUUAAACAUACUAUGUAUGUUCAUGACUGAUUUUUUUUUUUACAGUUCAAUAAUGAAAU